AUGAGCCCUGCUGGAGACAACUCAAAGGAAGACAGCAGUAAAGAGACAAAACCUAACAAGACCACUGCACUUUACACAAUGCAGUUGACCAAGAACAGCUAUCUGAGCAAAAAGACCUACAAAAUCCCACUCCUUAAAGACAAUGGAUUGAACUACACUGCAUGGAAGUUCAGACAAACAACUGUACUAUGGAUGCGCAAGCUUGAUACAAUUGCAUGGGGCAAAGAAAGGCCACCAGCCAAGUUAACAGGCACCAAUGCCACUGACAAGACAAAAGUCAACAAGCAAGAGGCCGCAUACUUGAAGUGGAACCUGCGCAACAAUGAGGCAUUUGCUCAGAUCACAUGA